CUCAGCUCACUCUCUCUUCAUAGAUCUCAUCUCAUACUACUCUUUUCUUUUCCUAACGUCCUCGUUUUUCUCUUCCGCGAGCCGCGACGGUUGUCAAAGUGUGUGUGAACUCGAAGACUCAGCAAUCGGGGGAAAAUUGACCUAAUUAACGCAGAAUGAGAAUGACAUAUUCUGCGGAUGCGGUGAAGCGGAAAGGUGGUCCUGCGGAUGAUUCGGUGGAGCGUGAGAGGUAUGCGCUGGUGUAUCAGAGGAAGAGGAAGAGAGGUGAUAAUAGCAGCAACAAUCGGUGCGUGGUGGCUGUUGUUAUGAACAAGUGUGGUGACAUGAACGCUGAGAACUCGCGCUUCUUGUAUGAAGUCUUGAGUUUCGUCAUGAAACUAAGCUUCACGCUUAAGGAGCUCGCCGAGUUCCUUCGAAUGGAACCCUUGCGUUCUACAUGCGCUUCGCAGGGGAUCCACUUAGUGCAGGGUCCGCCUACUCAAAAUGUUGGGGUUUGCCAGUUUUACGGGAUCACCCAGUCGACGCCGUUGUUCUGCAUGGAUUUUUCCGCCGCUCCUCUUUCAUUCAAGUAUCUGCAUUCUGCAAUGCUUUUGAGAUCUAUGUUUAAGUCCCUUUUUCUGCUACAUAGUGUAACCAAUGUGUCUGAGGUUAUUGAAAUCAAUGAUGGACAAAAGAAAAUGAUUGUGGUUGCUGCAUCCCAUGAGAAACUUAUAAGUUUUUCUAACAGCUGCACCACUAUAGGCCAUUCACAAGAGAAUUUCGCAAUGGUAGAUUCAUCAUUAGGAGUGGUUUUGCCUAACUGUUAUGCAAAUAUAUUGAUUCCAGAGUUAGACAAGUCAGAUUACAAUUAUUACAGGGUAGGAGGAAUAGUUGUUACCUGUGAACAAAUAUCUUCUUCUUCAGAGUGGUUUCUUGCCGUGAAGAAAGAUGGAUUGACAUGUUGCACUUUUGAGCCUGAAAAAGUGAUGAGGUCCUCUACUUUCAAUGAAUCCAUCCAAUGGAGAUUGUUCUUGUUGGACAAUGGGUGGAAGCUGGAGUUUACUGAUGAUCAGGAUUGGAUGGUCUUUAAAUCCCUUUAUAAGGAGUGUUUUGAUCGUAAUUUCUCAGCUCUUGUUGCCAAAACUAUCCAUGUACCGGGCUUUCGUGGCGUCUUUGACUACGCAGAAAGUCAUAGUGUCCCCUUUAAUAGGCCAGAUACUUACAUAUCUACAAAUGGUGAUGAGUUUUCUAGGGCUAUGACAAAGAAGACAGCAAAUUAUGACAUGGAUUCUGAAGAUGAAGAAUGGCUCAAAAAGUUUAAUAAUAAGUCUGAUCGUGUUUCAAAUGACAAUUUUGAGUUAAUUGUUGAUGCUCUGGAGAAGGCUUUUUAUUUUGAUCCGAAUGGUUGUGUUGAUGCAAAAUCUGUUGCUAAUCGGUGUCCUCAGGAUCUUGGUACCAAGGAAGUUUUGAAAGCUGUGUCUAGAUAUUGGAUGCAGAAACGAAAACAAAGACAAAACUGUACUCCACUGCUUAGGAUUUUCCAGAAUUAUGAACAAGAGAGAGCUCCACCUCAACCUUCACCUAUUCGUCGGCAUUUCCUACGAAAGAAGAGAUCACUCAAAAGGCCAGUUCGAUAUGGUGGAGGGAAAUAUCGUGGUGCUUGGGAAGAAAUUGCAUUUGAACAAAAUAUUUUGGAGGAGAUUCAAAAGGUUGAAGAUGCUGAGGCAUCUGCAAAUGCAUUAACGAAACUGGCAAUAGAAAAGCGCAGAAGGGCUCAACGUCUUAUGCUGAGGGCUGAUAUGGCAGUGUACAGAGCCACUGGCUUGUUUAGAGUAGCCCAAGCUGCUCAAGCUAAUCUAGAGGAUCCGCUUGUGGUCUUUCUUCACUGAUUGCCGCACAUUAUUCGCUGUCGUAUAUAGGUUUUACCUAGCAACCUUUUAUUAUUUAUUAAAAAUAAUGGUAAGACUUCUUU